GUAAAAAAAUCCGUCAGUAAGUAGUGAUUCUGCUGCAACUAUUACGACGACGAUAACAAGAAAGAGGUCGGGCGCACAUAUACUCAGCUCUCCUCCCAUUUCCAAUCAUGCCCGCCAUUCUUGUACCCCGGCGCUGUUGCAGUCCAGUUUCCGAAAACCAAAAGAAACACCAGAGAUAGCGCGGAGACGAGGAAAAAGAUCGAUCACGGCACCUCCGAAGUUCCAUCUCGAGAAGACCUAUAAGCUGUUUCGCCAGCUGAAUUCUAGGAUCGCCCUACGAAACAGCCGUCAUAAGGUUUAGAAUUAGAGCCAACUAUGGGUUUGGCAUCUGUUAAAUACUGCCAGUGAAGGUAUGCAACUUUGCAUAUUUGAUUUGAGAAGAGGACAACAAGAAGGCCAGGAACUCGACAAGAUUUUAUUUUUCUUUCCUGCUGAUUUGCCCUUUGCAACCCAGCUUUCUGUUAUAGGACUCAGUGAAGGGCUCAUAACUUUUACAAGGAUUUUCUCUCCGGAUGCAGCUUGUGAAGUGAUAGAAGCAGAGAGGCACUCCCAUGUCUUUUAUGAAGCAGAAUCAGACAUCUGGAUGGUCAUGGUAGUGGACAAAAGUAAGGAAUCAAAAGCAGCAUGUCAGGUUGAUGCAUUACGAAAGGUUCUCAAAGAAGUUCACUCUCUUUUUGUAUUGUUCCAUGGAACAAUGAGAUCGAUGCUUGAGAAGGAAACUAGUGGAGGCUUAAUCCGAUCUCAUUUAUAUCCUUUCAUCACGGAUUAUCUUAGUGGUUGCGGUGACUUGAACCUUACCUGUAACUUUUGGGCAGAUUUUCUUACUGGGAGGAAGCUCCAAUUACCAUCAUUUCAUGACUGUUUGAUGGAGCGUGGAACUGUUCAAAUGCUUACUGUUGGAAGGGAAGCUGCGAUUGAAGUCCAGUCGCUUGUCAAGGUACUAGAAUGUUCUGCUGGGACUACUUCCUGCUACUCUCUGGUUUUGUUCCAGGACCUCCUUGUGUCAACCACACUUUCUCCCGAUGACACCAUAAGUUUGUUUACUUAUGCUGUUCUAAGGUUGACUCCCCAUGCUUUGUCAUCCGGAGCAACUUCCUGGUCUUAUUUACAAAGAACUAAUGCAGGAUCUCAAGUUCCCGCGUUGUCUACUAUUACGAACUCUGGGUCUGUUUCAGAUAACAUAUAUCGCUCACGUGAUGCUUCACUGGACCAAGAAAACAACUGCCAAGUAAAAAGACCAUUACAUCAUAAUAGAUGGUUUAGGGGGAACGACGGUUUUCUUGCGUCUGAUAUUUGGGGAACUGACAAUGGUAGUCAAACUUCUGUCACCCCAAUAGUUUACCUCCAGCUGACUGAAGAAAGGAUGUAUCUAUGUGCCUAUCAACAUAAAAGCCUGACCAUAAUCCUUCUGGUUCCUGUUUCCUCCAUUCUUAACGGAGAGCAAGGACUUUCACUCGUGAAGCAGCAAGUCUUGGAAAAUGCUUCACUCAAAAUGUUGAUGGUCGAGGAGAAACUAUCAAAGGGAUGGGGUGGAGAAAAUGCUUAUCAUGUUAGUGGCUAUCGUUACUUACUGGUUGAUGAUGAAAGAGUAUCCCGGGCUUCUCCUCCAGCAAAGGUCAUGACCCUAGCUAAGGAAUCUUUACUUGCCCUGAGCAAGCUGAGAGAAGAGGUGAAUUUGGAGAAGAAGAGAGCAAAAUGCAGCAACAGUGAGGUAAAUUGUGAUAAAGAAUUGGAAAUAUGUGUAAGAGCAAAAAAUGGUGCCUGGGUUAUAGCACGGACAUCAAGAGGGAAGGAGCUCUAUAUGGUUCUAGAAAAAGCCAGCGAAACGCUUCUGUAUGCCGCUGAUUCCGUGGAGAAGUUCAGCAACAGGUACUGCAGUGGGGUAUUUUCUUUAGAUUAAUGGAGUCUGCUGCAGUUUCUGCCAUUCCGAAUCUAAUUGAGGAUAUACUAUCGAGACCUGGAAUGUUUUGUCCUUCAGUCCUGUUUGUGUGUAAUCAACCUGGGAUAGACCAGCAGUCUAAGUCCGAGGAAAUCAGUUCAGUUAGGGUUCCUUUUUUCUUUUCCGGAUAAGCAACAAAUCCAAAUAAAUCAAUACAUACCACUUGAGCUAUGUUUCUGAACAAGCUCUAAUUUCUUAGUCUUCCCCAGCCAUGUAGUGUGUGUUCAUUGGUGUAUAUGUAAAUACUAAAUAGUCAAGUUGUGUUGUUCAAUUGUGGGGUAUUUUCGAAUGCUUUGGGUGUAUGGUAUCUGUGACAAAUCGAACACUUGAUUUCGUGGAAUCGAUGUUUAAAAGCGCGAAUUAGUUUGGCAAAUUGAAUAAGAAUGGUUUCUUAUUUAUCACAAGAAAA